UUCCGCUAGAUCGCAAUAGAAAAUAUAGAUGUUCUUACAAAAAUAUCAUUUUGCACUACCAAAGCUUGCAAACUUAUCUUCUUUGCAAGAUGAUAAUUAUUUGUAAAAAUUUCGGCAUACGUUUGCUUUAAACGUGAACCAUGAGUAAAAUAGCAUUCUGGUGCAAUACUAUUCCAUAUUGAUUUUGUGAAAGUAUCUUGUUGCGUGCGUAGUGAAAGAAUAUGCCACGAUUUUAGCCGAGUGGACCUUCUGUUAGAUGUCUAUUCUGUACUAUGUCAGCAACUGGUGUCCGCUAUACUCUAAACUUCACUUGAUACAUGACCAAUGAGAAAACGGAUAUCGCGGCAUUUCAAUCGCCUGUUGACGGAUGACAACUUGCGGCAAGUUACUUGCCUAUGUUGCUUACUUAUCUUCAGUCGCAUACAGUUGUUAGUCGUGUUUUCGUUGUUUAAUUUGUAAAAAAUUGCUUGUUUCUCAGCCUCAAUAAAUCGUGAUUUAUGUCAAAAAUAGACAUUUCAACCUCUUGCUCUAAGGAUGCUACAGAAAAACCGACUGUGCAUCUUUUACCGUGCAAAAUAGAGCACAAUGGCGAAGCUGAAGUCGACGAAUAUUUUCAAAGUUGUAUUAAGGACGAUGGGAACGGAAUGAAGAAAGUUUCAUUUUGUGGCCGAAUGUUAAUGGGUGAGAAAGUUGCUAUACCAGAUGGAUACAGUGGCCAUCUUCUCAGGGAAAAUUGUAAACCUGUCACUGAUGACCAGGAUAGAUCUUUUCGAGCUAUAAAAAGAUUUUCUGAAUUCACACAUUGGAAUCUUGAGGACAGGCCUUGUUUAAAUGACAACAUCAGAAAGGCAAUGCAAUGGAUUUACAUUUCUUCAGCGAAUGAAUGGGACGCAAGACAUUGUAGAAGAUUAUGUUGUUGUAUUGAAAUCAAAGGGAAAGUGAACUGGCAUGUGCAGUAUCGAUUAAUCCACUUUGAAACCAACUUACCAAUACCAAAUAUCCGACACUAAUCUUUAUCCUAUAACGUUUCUAAAUACAAGGACCAUCAAAGAAAAAAUAAUAAAUUAUAGAAAAAAAAUCUUGGGAUUAUGCUUUUUAAAUUGAAAGCCCGAUGGUUGUGUUAUGUCCAGAAAAUUUGAAGAAUUGGUUAAAUUGUGUUCUCUAUCACUUACCUGUGUUAUAUGCGUUAUAUCUAUUUCACCUCCGUGUGACUACAAAUUUUUUUAAAACUAAUUCCUUCGUCUUUGCGUUGAAUUCUACAUGUAGAGAAUGGUGUGAUGAUCAGUGACACGUUUAAAUACACUUUCUUUCAAGUUGUUUAAGGCCACUAUAUAGAAGUACUUGUCAUACUUUUCUUAAUCGAUUUAAAAGGGUUUUAUUUUUAUCAAGUAUUAAAAAGGCCUUGACAAAUUUAACUAUAUAUGUGUGGUUUCACCCUUUCUUAGUGUGAUCACGUUAUUUUCUACGAAUUAAACGUCAAAGUUAUCGUCGUUGGUUUUUACUAUAGAUCUAUUGCAAUAUCUCAUUAUGGAAGUUGUAUCUUUGAUAAGAAAGAUGAAGAAAACUAUAAAAAAAUACCUAUAAUGUUUAUUGGUGGGGUUCUCAGAGAAGGUCAUUAAUCAUUUUCAAUUACAUCAUCGUCAACUGUAGAUUUGACAGUUUCACUUUCACUUCCACUUAAACAAGUAAUGAAAAUUCCUUGCAUAUGCCUCCUGCCACAUCAAACCUUGAAAAAAUUCAAAACAUAAAAUUCUUUGUAUUAAGUCAAACUUUGAAUAAUCAAUAAAACUUUCAAGACUACUA